AUUCCUUGUUUAGUUUGUGCUCAGCUAGUGAGAAGAAAAUACAGUUUGUAAAAUAAGAUGCUUAUUUUAAGGAGUAUUUUAGUAAGUGAUAUUUUUUUCAGUUCGCGCAUGCUCAGUCCUGCCUUUGUACGGCGAGCCAACAAGCUAGCUCCAGCAACAAACCUCAUUAACGACACAGGUUAGCGUGUAGCGUGUUAGCUGCUGUGCUAAUCAUGGUGAACGUGAAGAAGCGGAAAGGUCGGGUCGUUAUUGACUCGGACUCAGAGGACAGUGCCAGUGAUGAUAAUUUAGAUCAGGAGUUGUUGUCUUUGGCCAAAAGGAAGAGGGUUGAUUCUGGUGAGCAGGAAGAGCCUAUCAACAAACCAGCUGCUUCCACCGAUUCUGAGACGUCUGACAGUGAUGACGAGUGGACGGUGGGCGGCACCAAAGGCAAAAAGAAGGUGAAGCAGGGGAAAGGUACGGAAAAGAAGAGUUCUACAAAGAAGAAGGUCCACAGAGCCUCGGGCAGUUCAAAUGGAGACAGCUCAGCUGACAGCUCUGCUCCAGAGGAGGGAGAAGUGUCAGAUUCAGACAGCAACAGUUCUUCAUCCAGCUCGGACUCGGACUCUUCUGAAGACGAGGUGUUCAGGGACGGUUAUGAUGACGACCUGAUGGGGGACGCUGAGGACCGAGCUCGUCUGGAGCAGAUGACGGAGAAGGAGAGGGAGCAGGAGCUCUUCAACAGAAUAGAGAAGAGAGAGGUGCUAAAGAGACGGUUUGAAAUUAAGAAAAAGUUGAAGACGGCUAAGAAGAAAGAGAAAGAGGAGAAGAAGAAGAAGCAGGAGGAAGAGCAAGAAAAAAAGAAGCUAUCUCAGGUUCAAGACACUCAAGUGGUUUCWAUGUCCCACAACAAGGAACGACGAUCAAAACGUGACGAAAAACUGGACAAGAAGUCCCAGGCCAUGGAGGAGCUGAAGGCAGAGCGUGAGAAGAAGAAAAAUAAAACAGCUGAACUGCUGGCCAAACGUGAGCCUCUGAAGACCAGUGAGGUUUAUUCUGAUGAUGAGGAAGAAGAGGAGGAAGAUGAUGAUAAGUCCUCAGUUAAAAGUGAUCGGAGUUCACGAUCAUCAUCUUACGACGAUGAUGA